GGCCCAGAAUGCCCUGCGGGCGGGGACACCAUCUCCCAGAGCGCCCCGCGCCGGCCGGCGCCCACCUGCCGGCGCCCACCGGCUCGGAGCUGUCGGGUCUGUUUCCCGUAGGGUGCUGCGGGCCUCUCUCCCUGACGGCUUCUUGGCGGCCGCGACAGCGCGAUGGACAGCCCGGAGGUCACCUUCACGCUGGCCUACCUGGUGUUCGCCGUGUGCUUCGUGUUCACGCCCACUGAGUUCCACUCAGCCGGGCUCACGGUGCAGAACCUGCUGUCGGGCUGGCUGGGCAGCGAGGACGCCGCCUUUGUAUCCUACCACUUGCGCCGCACGUCCGCCACGCUGCUGUGCCACUCGCUGCUGCCGCUCGGGUACUACGUGGGCAUGUGCUUUGCAGCUUCAGAAAAGCAACUCUACUCCCCCAGCCAGGCCCCGGAGACCUGGCGGCUCUUCCUCCUGCUGGCAGUGACCCUGCCCACCGUUGCCUGCACCCUGAUCUACUACUGGUCCUGGGAUCGGUGGGCCUGCCACCCACUGGCCCGCACCCUGGCCCUCUAUGCCCUCCCGCAGUCAGGCUGGUGGGCCGUCGCCUCCUCCGUCAACACCGAGUUCCGGCGGAUCGACAAGUUUGCCACAGGGGCACCUGGUGCUCGCGUGAUUGUGACGGACACGUGGGUGAUGAAGGUGACCACAUACCGUGUGCACGUGGCUCAGCAGCAGGAUGUGCACCUGACCGUGACAGAAUCGCAGCAGCACGAGCUCUCACCAGACUCCAACCUGCCUGUGCAGCUCCUUACCAUCCACGUGGCCAGCACCAGCCCUGCUGUGCAGGCCUUCGACAUCCGGAACGAAGCCCCGCCCUGCAGAAGGGCCUUGGUUCGACGGCCCCAGCCCACCAGUCCCCACCUUGUGCAGGCUGAACUCCACGGAGUAUGGCGAGCUGUGUGAGAAACUCCGUG